AUGAGUCGCACAGUCACAGCAAAUGACCCUCCUCGAAUUACGUUCGAGCCUGAGGAUCGCCUUGAGCGUCGCCGCCGUCACAGUCGCCAACGAUCCGUAAGCCGCGAUUCCAUCAGCAGUGUGAGGUCGCGAGCACAGUCAACUUCCGCCGCUGCCGGUCUUCCCAUUGAGUUCCGUACCCUCUCUUUCAACGUUUCUCAUUCACAGACGGUCAACGAUCAAAAACCCAAGGUCGAGGAUAAGCGACAAAACGAUGCCGAACACUUCGAGAAACUCGACUUCCACAUCCUUGAUUCACAAUCUGUACUACAUGGACUUUCAUCAUCAUCGGAGUUGGGUCUGACGCCCGAGUACGCAUCGCAACGUCUUGCCACCGAUGGCAAGAACAUGCUUCCCCGAAGACGCCAGAACUACGCCAAGAAGCUCUUCGAGUAUGUCUUUGGUGGUUUCUGUUCAGUGCUCUGGGUCGGUGUCAUCAUCUUCUUCAUUUGCUGGAAACCGUUAGGAAACCCCGAUCCUCAAGCAUAUAACCUUGGUCUUGCUAUCCUGGUCCUCAUUGUCAUCUUCCUACAAGCAUGUUUCUCGGCCUUCCAAGACUGGUCUACUGGUCGUACCAUGAACGCCAUUCUCGAUCUCUUACCAGCUGACGCUCUCGUCGUUCGUGGCGGUCAAACCACAAAGGUGCCUUCAACCGAUCUUGUUGUUGGUGACAUCGUCAAGAUCAGCAUCGGAAACAAAGUCCCUGCCGAUAUUCGUCUUUUGGCAACCUCCGGAGACGUUCGCUUCGACAGAUCGAUGCUUACUGGAGAGUCCGAUGAGAUUGAAGGUGCUGUUGACUCUACUGACAAGAACUUCCUCGAGACUCGCAACAUUGGUCUCAUGGGUACCAUGGUUACCAAUGGCUCUGCCACUGGUGUUGUCGUAUUGACCGGAAAGAACACCUGUAUGGGUCGUAUUUCUAGUGCCAUGGCUGGUGCUAAAGAAGAAGCGACCCUCAUCCAGAAGGAGAUCAACCGCUUUGUCAUCAUCAUCGUCUGCUUGACCAUCGUUCUUGCCUUGGCUAUCCUCCUGACUUGGGUUGGUUGGUUGCACCGCGAUCACCGCUCUUACAUGAGUGUCGUGGCAAUGUUGAACAACGUCAUGGGAUGUGUUGUCGCAUUCAUUCCUGAAGGUAUGCCUGUCGCUGUUGCCUUGACCCUCAUGAUGGUCGCCCGUCGUAUGAAGAACAGCAACAUCUUGCCUAAGGGUCUCUCGACCGUCGAGACAUUGGGUUGCGUCAACGUCAUCUGUUCUGACAAGACCGGUACCCUGACCGAGAACAAAAUGGUUGUCACCACUGUCGGUUUCGUUGAUGAACAGCUCACUGUUGCCGAUGCUCUCUCGAGAAUGGAGGCUGGCCAGAACACUGUACUCACCGAGCUCCACCGUGCUGCUGCAUUGUGUAACGAUGCUACAUUCGACCCUCUCUCAAUGGAUCUUCCUGUUCUGGACCGCGAGGUUCAAGGUAACGCCACUGACGGAGCUGUUCUCAAGUUCGCAGAGUCCGCCCACUCAAACUCCACAAAGAUGCUUCCUGAUGUUCACCCUCGCAAAUACCAGAUCCCUUUCAACAGCAAGAACAAAUGGAUGCUCAUGCUCCAUGACGAAGUCAAUGCCAACUACGAAGUUACUCCCGAAAAGGCCCAGUAUCUCGUCUAUGUCAAGGGUGCCCCCGACAAGCUUCUUCCAUUUGCUACCUCAUACUGGUCCGCUAAGAGUGGCUCGAUCUUGCCUCUUGACGCUGCGGCUAAGGCUCAGUUCAGUGCUCUCCAGGAACGCCUCUCUCGCAACGCAGAACGUGUCAUUCUUCUUUGCCAACGUCACUACCGUCCCAUGGAAACCCUCGGCACCAAUGCUUUCGGAGAUGAGGUUCUGGAAAGGGGUAUCGCUGAUUUGACUAUCAUCGGUGUUCUCGGUAUCACCGAUCCUCCACGUAAAGAGACCGCCCCAACCAUUGCCGCUUGUCGUCGUGCCGGUGCACGUUUCUUCAUGGUCACUGGUGACUUCGGACUUACCGGUGCCGCUAUUGCUCGCAAUGUCGGUAUUUUCACACACAGCGGCGAGCCUGAUACCUAUGAGACUAUCGCCGAGGGUCACACAUUUGUCAACGACAGUGAAAAGGGUGCCCGUGUCAACCACAGUCUCCUGCUUGAAGGUCCAUCAAUCAACAAACUCACCGAAGAAGACUGGGAAAUUGUAUGCAGUUACGAGGAGAUCGUCUUUGCUCGUACCACACCCGAGCAGAAGUUGCGUAUCGUGAACGAGCUCAAGGACCGCGACAACGUUGUUGCAGUUACUGGUGACGGUGUUAACGAUGCACCUGCACUCAAGGCUGCUGAUGUCGGUAUCGCUAUUGCUGCUGGUUCUGACGUCGCUCUCGAAGCCUCUGACUUGGUACUUCUCGACAAAUUCGACUCGAUCGUCGAGGCUAUUCGUCUCGGUCGUUUGGUCUUCCAGAACCUUCAGAAGGGUAUUGCCUAUCUCUUGCCCGCUGGUUCCUUCUCCGAAAUCUGGCCCGUUCUGCUCAAUGUCUUCUUCGGUGUUCCUUCUCCCCUGUCUUCAUUCCUGAUGAUCAUCAUUUGUGUCUUUACCGAUCUUUUCCUCAGUUUGUCGCUCAUCAUGGAGAAGGAAGAAUUCGACCUGCUCACCCUCCCUCCUCGUAACCACAAGAAGGACCACUUGAUUAACUUCAAGAUUUACGCUCAAUCCUACCUGUUCAUCGGUGUUAUGGAAACCCUCUGCGCUCACGCCAUGUUCUUCCUCUACUACUGGCGCCACGCCAAGAUCCCUCUCCACGCCCUCUUCUUCGCUUUCGAGAAAUACACCGAUGGCUUCUACGGAUACACCCAAGACGAGCUGAACCACUUCAACACCGUUGGUCAAGGUGUCUACUUUGUCACCCUGGUCAUUCUGCAAUUCGGUAACUUGCUCAGUGUUCGCAGCAAGCGCAUGUCUAUCCUCCAAGCCGACCCCUUCUUCAACAAGGAGCGUCGCAACCCUUGGUUGUUGGCUGGUAUGGCUGUUUCCCUCUCCAUCGCCAUCUUCGUCACCAUGGAGCCUGGUAUCCAGAACAUUUUCGGCACUGCUACUGUUCCCAUCGAGUUCUGGCUGAUCCCUAUUCCUUUGGCUUUGGGUAUCUUGGUUAUGGACGAGCUUAGAAAGGUGCUUGUUAGACUGUUCCCCAAGGGUCCUGUCGCCAGGAUUGCUUGGUAA